AUGACCAACUGGUUCAAUAACGUAAUUAACAAUGUAACCAGUACAGUUACUGGGCAAUCCUUAACUAAUACAUCCAGUUCCACUGAUGGAUGCCACGUAUAUGCUGCAUUAGUCAUGCGCCAUUGGGACAUAAAUUCCGCCUGUAGACUAUCUGCUGAAUAUGAUUUUAGCAUAUUACCCUCAUAUGUAGCCAAAAUGGCCACAGAAUUAACCGAUUUUGUUGCAAGAACUUGUGCAAUAGAGGCUAAACCUCAUCAAACCAAGGGGGUAGCUAUGGAUAACGAUAUGGGCACUUUUUACAUCAGAGCGACUGGUAAUCAACCUCCACAACAGCUUGUGUACAUAAUUGCCGUGAACAAAUGCUGUACCAAGUACCAGGCUUUCAAAAUUAUAUCAGAGAUCAUGCAAACAUAUAGACCUCCAAUAGUGAGCGGAUACAAGGACAGCACUGGAAAUGAUCUAAAAUCGCCAGUCCUUAGGGAGAUAAUGAAUAAAUACAAGGGCCAGAAAGAUAAACUGUUGGAGGCACAAUCGAAAUUGGAUGAGACAAAACAGAUAGUCAUUGAUACAUUGGAUGGUUUGAUUGCUAGGCAGGGGGAUUUGGAUGCUCUAAUUGCUAAAAGCCAGGAUAUGUCCCAUAGUACUGCUAGAUUAAUGAGGGAUGCCAAAAGGAGGAAUUCAUGUUGUUUGAUGAUGUGA